AUGUCAGCUUACCGAAUGUAUCGUUUAUUUUAUCAAAAGUUUCAUUUCUACAACUAUUGUAUAUAUAACAUUCAGGGAAGAUUUUUCAGUAAAUCAAAUUAUAAAAUUACUACAUUAUUUGAAAAUGCAACAAAGCAGGAUAUUUCGAGAUCAUACAUUAACUCUGUUUUAUCACCAUUAGGUGAUUUUACUGUUUCAGUUAGUGAUUGUAGAGAUAUGAACAACAACUUACCUUCAACUCACUUAUCAUUUUGGCCUUGUCUUCUGAACUACGCUAGUUAUCAUGAUUGUCCUGAAUUAAGAAGAUCAUUAACCAACUACAUUUUGAGUGAUAUAAAUGAACAUAGCAAUGCUACAUUAAUGUGUACAUUAAAAUUGUUAGGCAUUCAAGAACGUUAUACUGAAUUCAAAAGUUUGUACGAUUAUUUUUUGCUUCGAUUAAAUGCCGUAGAAAAAAAAGUUUUUCAAAAUGAUAUAGCCAAAUCGGUCGCACGGACGCCGUUUUGGAGAGACACACCUGAAUUAUUAUUCUCUUCAGAAACGAAAAAAUGUGAUAAUUCAGCAAUUUAUGAACAAAUGUGUUCUUCCGCCUUAAAAUUUGAUACUAUCUCUUCUUUUUUUGAAUGUAUGCACAAACUAAGUGGUUCACCACGAGAAAAUGUUUUCUAUGAAUUUUUUAAUAAGUUAAAUGGGCUAGAAGAAGAAGAAUCUGUUCGUUUAGUCAGUCAGUUAUUUCAAAUAAUGCAAACACAUCGAUGGAUAAUUACUUAUGAGAUUGCUGAAUGUAUUCAACGUUGGUUUGCAAAUUUGAAGCAUGAACGUUGGUCAGGAGUUUUAUCUGCAUUUGUUAAUAGAGGCUAUUUAUGUUCAGUAUGUAGAAAAAGUCUACCACCACCAGACAUGUCACAGUUUCAUUUUUCCCAAAUGGCUGAUGCAUUUUAUGAAACAGUGAUAAAGGGGACAGAUAUUGAAAGUUUAUAUCUAACAGCAACAUCGAAUGAAGUUAUGACUCUAAAACGAUUUGUUGAUUCUCAAAGUGAACCCUUAGAUUGUAUUAUCGAUUUUAUGAAUCUUAUGAAUAUGCGCAAAUUUCUCUCUUCCGAUUCGUCAGGAUUGCAGGUUGCUGAGGUUUUGAGACAGAUCAACAAAGAUUUCAAUCUUCGGCGUUUUUGUUUUGUCAGUAAAGGGAAUACAAUCAUACGUAAAUCAGAGUUUUGGAAUCCAAUUAAAAUGUUAGGAAAUCAGUUGGGUAUCUCUGUUCAAAAAUUCUGUACAAAUUCUUCAUCAGAAGACGAUGUAUUCCUCCUCUAUAUGGCGAUGAAGUCUGGGCCACAGUGUUAUAUAGUAUCUAAUGAUGAAUUCAAACAAUAUCGUUUUUCAUCAGGUCCAGAACUUGGAGAACAAAUUUCUCGGUGGCAGUCUCUCAGACAACUUGUACUACAACCUCGUGGUCGGAUAUACCAAAAACCCUCAAAGUGUGACUUGUGUGUACAUGGUAACCUAGAAACCGGUUGGCACAUCCCUUAUUAUAAAGGGCACCACCAGAAAUUCCACACUGCAGUCGAUUCGUGGCUUUGUUUACAUCGUUUGAAAUAA